ACCACCAUCUGCUCACCCUGGAUACCCAGUGCAUAGGAGAUUCGACUGUAGAAUCUCUUGUGGGCCUCCUACAAUGUCUCUCAGAGCACUCUUGCCCCGGACAGCUCGCUUGCAGACGGUGGCGAGGAGUUGCUCUCUGUGUCACCUCCCCGACCACUCCCUGUCAUCCUUGGCAUCCUCCUCCCGCCUCCACCUCGACUUCGUCCCACCGCAAUACUGCUCGGUUGCCUCCGCCGCAUCUUCAGCCCUUCACUCACAAACAAGAUCGUACAAGUCCUUCGUCCGGAUCCGGUCUCCUUCAGGCAAGGGGUCCGCCCGUGUACCCCUCACAUCGUCAGUCUAUGGCCAUACCACCUCGCGGGGCACAAGACCUUACCAGGAGGAUACCGCCUCUGUCUCCUGUCUUGAGGUCAAUGCUGAUGAGCUCAGAGCCUCUCUCAGGAAGGGAGGGAGGAUAGCUACAGAAGCGGAACGGCGAUGGCAUUGGCCCGACGAGCAUGAGGAGUUGGACGAGGAGCUCGCAGCGCAAGUCAAUUGGUGGGGCAUAUACGAUGGCCAUGGCGGCGAUUAUACCUCGCGAUACCUAGCCAUGAACCUUCAUCAGAUCUUUGAAAAUGUAACGGAAGACAUGGUCACAGAUACUGUACAGUACACUCGCGAACAUGGAGGGUACUUCAGGAGGUUCAUGGGUGGAGCGCUGGACCGGUGGGUUCAAAAGGACGAGCUCAAGCCGGUGAGGGGAGGCAAAGCUGGCAAGAAGCCGGGCAGCGAGAAAAGCAAAGGCAAAGCUAGUAAGGAACAAGGGCAAGAUGGUGCCGAUGGCGAAGCCUCAAGCUCUGCCGCUGAGGACCAGCCUAAUACUGCUGGUGCAUCAGAAGCAGAACGGAUCCAAGCCGGAGAUCGCCCGGUCCACGCCGCCACAGCGAGCCCUACCCCUCCUAAGAAGCCCAAUGCUCCUCCAGCUGCACAAUGGGACGACAAUGGACUCACAAAGCGGAUACCUGUGCCUGAAGGCAUGGAAAAGGAGAGUUUGAGUCUAUCCGAGCGCGCCACGCUUGCCUUCCUCGUGGCGGAUCGUCAUAUUCUGGUCAGGCAUCCUCAAUUGCCUUCUGCGGACGCAGCGACGCACGGAGACGCCCACAAAGGGCGAGGUAUCCAAACAAGAGAUAUGGAGGCGCGGGCAUCGAAAGAGAAGGCGGGAGGUGAUGGAGGUGGCUCAACCGCGAGCGUCCUGACGUUGCAUAGUCUAGAUGCUCCGCCUGUCGUCUGGUACGACAGUCAAUUUCUGAUGCUCGGAGCUUGGCAUGUCGGUGACACCCGCAUGCUUCUCUGCCCCAGCGAAGACGGCAAAGCCAUCCCGCUUACCACGCUCCACCACCCGGACGUUGCGUCCGAGUCAGACCGUCUACGUCGACUAGGUGCAGGUGUAGUGACAGACUCCUUCGGCGAAGCCCGCUGGAUGGGCGCUCUCGCCAAUACUCGAGCUCUAGGCGAUGGAGAGUUCAAGGCUGCAGGUGUGACACCGGAGCCAGAGAUGUUGAGCCAGGUAAUCAGGUCGGAUCGCUACUCGCACGUGACGAUGUUCAGCGAUGGGAUCAGCAGCGUCAUGUCAGAUCAGGAGGUCGUGGAUCUGGCGAGAGGAUGCACGCACCCACAGGAGGCGGCCAAGAAGAUUCUGGACUUUGCAGAGCAGCUGGGCGUAGAGGACAAUGCGACUGUCUUGGUCGUGCCGCUGAAGGGCUGGGGAAAGAUCGGCGGCUCGGACACUACUCUCAAGCAACGAGAAUACCGGAAGAGCAAAGUAGACGUCUUCCGAGACAACCGGCAAUGAGGGACAUUUGUCGGACUCGGCGACGAACACCACCAUUCGCUGCACAACUCGUCAGGUGUGCACUCAAUACCACUCUCUUUCAUCUCCACUGCACCAGAAUGAUCGUG